UGAAAGUUAGACUGGCAGGUCUACAAUUUACUUCCCCAAAGCAAAGUCUUAUUUGGAUAACCGAUUUCAAACAUGAAGGCCAAAAUGGUGAUUUUCGGUGAUCUCUGUUUGCUGCUUUGCUGCAUGCAUUUUGCUGAUUCACAGAAGAUCAUUGUCUCUGUCAAUACACAAAAAGAUUAUUUAUUUCCGCUGGACAUGGCCAGAAAUUCUGUUGAUGACAUGUAUUCUAACUGUGCUAAAAUAAUGGAAAAAAAGGUUAAAGACAUGUUCUUUAAAAAAGAAAUGGAGGAUAAAUUAUUUAAACCUGCAUGGGAGGCAGCUGAAGAGUGUGCAAACCAAAACUUAAAAAAGAGAGAGGAAGGAGAUAAGGCUCUUACAAAAGACCUCAUGCAAGCAAUGUGUACUUAUACAAAUGAAAAUCCAAACCUCUAUAAAAUAUUCAAUGAAGAAGUCAGGACCAAACGGGAAGCAUAUGGUUCAUCCUUUCGAUUCCAUUCCCUUUAUUUCUGGCUGACCAGGGCUAUACAGAUUCUUAAUAAACAAAAAAAAUGUAAAACAACUUUUCGCAGAACCACAGAAAAAUUUACUGGAAAUGUCAAACCAACAAUUCGGUUUGGUGCUUUUACCUCAACCUCCUUUGAAUCAAAUUUGACCUCUUUUGGUCGUGAGACAUGCUUUAAGAUUAAAACAUGUUAUGGUGCUUAUUUAAAAACUUACUCAGUAUUUCAACAUGAGCAGGAAGUGCUCAUUCCACCUUAUGAGAAGUUUAAAAUAAUCAGCAACAAUAAAAAAAGAGAACUCCAGGAUUGUGAGGUUGUUUAUGUCUUGAAAAGCGCUGGAGUCCAAAGCAAUCUUGAUUGCCAAAUUGCAAACAGCUAG